GGAGGAUGCUCACUGUCCUGGAGUCUGAGCAAGCGAGUGUCCCCGACAGGACAGAGACGGCGUUGCUCUUUGCUGUGUGCUGGUAACUCUGCUGUCUUCAUGCUCUUUUAUUUGUGACCCUUAACCAACCAUGGAGAAAAACAGUGUGGUGGAGCAGCUGAUCCCCGAACUGAAUCUCUUACUGAAAUUACUGGACCAUGAAUACCUGAGUGCCACCACCAGAGAGAAGACGAUGACAGUGAGCAGCAUGCUGCAACGUCUCCAGCCGACCUCUGUUUCUGAGACAAACUACAUGUACGUGAAUACCUCAGACUGUCGGAAUGGCACAAGUUUUGUGGAAUCCUUGUUUGAGGAAUUUGAUUGUGAACUACGCGGCCUUAAGGACAUGCAGGAGGAAUACAAGGAUGGAAACCGUAUUGAGUUGCCGCUGCCAGAAACGCCCCAUUCCAAAUCGGGAGUAACUGAUACACCACCCCCCCUCCCUACAACUCCUCCACCUGAGGAUUAUUACGAAGAAGCUGUACCUUUAAGCCCAGGAAAAGCUCCAGAGUACAUCACUUCUCGCAACAGUUCCAGUCCACCGAAUUCUAUUGAGGAUGGGUACUAUGAAGAUGCUGACAGUAAUUACCCAAUCACCAGGAUUAUGGGAGAACAUAAGCAUUCAUACAAUGACUCAGACGUAAUGAGCAGCUCAUAUGAAUCUUACGAUGAUGAAGAGGAAGACGGAAAAGGUCAACAGCUGACCCACCAGUGGCCAUCAGAGGAAGCUUCCAUGGACCUGGUGAAAGACUGCAGGAUCUGUGCCUUCCUGCUGAGGAAGAAGCGCUUUGGGCAGUGGGCCAAGCAGCUCUGUGUCAUUAAGGAAAACCGACUACUGUGUUACAAAAGCUCCAAAGACCAUCAGCCUCACAUGGAGCUGCCACUGAACAUGUGCAAUGUUAUUUAUGUGCCUAAAGAUGGUCGACGCAAAAAGCAUGAACUAAGAUUCUCCCAGCCAGGAACUGAAGCCCUUGUAUUAGCAGUACAAAGCAAAGAACAAGCAGAGGAAUGGUUAAAGGUAAUCAGGGAGGUAUGCAGCCAAGUCAGUGGAAUAGAAGGAUCAACAUCACCACUUUUUCUACCAAAGUUAGAACUGGAAAAGAGAUUAUCAAAUGAAAAACAGGCUUCAGAUGCCGAGAGCAUAGUAACAGGAGAGAGUGGAUCUCCAGUUAAUGGCAGAGAGAGUAGAGAACAUGGGAAAGGGAAGAGAAGUGGUUUGGCUGAACUAAAAGGCACAGUUAGCAAGGCUGCAGGGAGGAAGAUUACCCGCAUCAUGAGUUUGGCAAAGAAGAAACAGGCCUCAGAAGAGCAGACUUCUUCAACUGAAGAGGACAUCCCAUGCUGUGGUUACCUCAAUGUAAUGGUUAAUAACUGCUGGAGAGAACGUUGGUGCCGGCUGAAAGUCAACACACUGUACUUCCACAAGGACAGAACAGAUCUACGGACACAUGUAAAUUCCAUUGCACUGAAGGAUUGUGAAGUGGUUCCAGGAUUUGGACCAAAGCAUCCCUUCGCUUUCCGGAUCCUUCGAAAUGGACAGGACGUUUGUGUUCUAGAGACCAGUUCCUCUGAGGAGAUGGGUAGGUGGCUGGGACUUCUGCUUGCUGAGACAGGCUCUACCACAAAGCCAGAGGCUCUACAUUAUGAUUAUGUGGAUGUGGAAACAAUAGCCAACAUUGUUGAUGCUGUCAGACAUUCCUUCUGGUGGGCUACCUCCUCAAAUAACUCAGCACUUUAUCUGUGUGAUUCCAGAACGUAUGAUGACGUACCAUAUGAAAAAGUACAGAUUGAAGAACAGAAGCAGCCUGUCACCUCGCAAGUAACACACCAAGCUUCCACGUCAAAUGAUGCCUCAAAUAAAGCUAAUUCUCAAAACAAAAUUAAACGUCAGGGUUCAAAUGCAAAUCAGUCUAAAUAUGGGAAGACUCGAGCUGAAGAAGAUGCAAAGAAAUGGUUGUAUGAACAGGAAUCACUCGAGAGUCAGAAGGAUUCAAUUCGUAAAGAACUGAUGCAGCUCCGAAAAGAGAAGAAAGAAUUCCGCAGGGCUCUGAAAGAAUGCAUAGCUAAUGAAGAUGCAGCCCUAUCAUCAUGUGCAACACUGGAAAAAACAAAAAAAGGUAAAAAAUCUCAAAUUGUGCUGGAGGAAAAGAUACGAACACUGGAAGAAAAAUGUAAAAUUAAAGAGACAGAGCGGGUGGACUUGGAACUCAAGUUAACACAAGUAAAGGAGAAUCUGAAGAAAGCAAUUGCAAGGGGAGCAGAAAUUAGUUUAUCUGUUGAGUCCAAAACAGAGCCUACCGCUCCACAGACUGAAAACAGUUACACGGAGCAUCAUUUCAUUCCAGUAAACUGUGCUUCAGAAAAGAGGAGAACUCCCACCACAAUACCCUCCAGUAAAGUGUGUGUUUUACAGAAAGCUAAGGAAUGGGAGAAAAAGACAGGAACAUGAAAUGAUCCAAUGAAGAUGGAACAUGAAGUUAUUUAUUAAAUUGGAAAAUGUGUAAGAAAUUCAGGAUUUUAUCAGUUCUCAGAAAUGGGAAAUUGAUGCGUCCUCUUGUUCAAGCAGAAGUUGCAAAUCAGAGGGACGUGUAAAGAAAGUAAAAUGCUAUAAGAUAUGGGAUAAUAAUGGUUUGUCAUAACUUCCUGGUUAUUAUACUUCAAAUUCAUCUUGUGUGUCAAUCUGGAUUCCUUUAGCUUCUCAUGCCUGUUAAAAGACAGCCUGACCUUAUCUUUUAGCAACAACAGUGUGUAAUUCAUCUUUAACUAGAUUGCAGAAACACUGAUUUUCUGUUGUACAGGCUGUGACUUCACUUCCCUUUGCAUUCUCUGGAGCAGCAUUGCUCAACUAAUGGUCAAAAUCAGUACACUUUAACAAAUCUUGGGCUGAAAUAAAAGCCACUUGCCAUACUAUAGCACAGGCUUGCAUGACUAUCUCUUCAUAGUAUUCCACCACACCUAUGCUCACUGCAAGACCAAUUAACGUCUUUGCAAUCCAUAGGAUCCUAUCUGGACAGCUACUGACCAAGGGGGGAAAAGAAAUCAUUUUCCGAUGGUCAGUGUGCAGCUCUGUGGAAAAACUUAAGGCCAAUUUUGUUCCAGGCUAUUGAAUAUGUUGCAUCAUAUUCUGCACUUAUUGUACCUGAUUACUUUCACUAUGUUAAUAUCACAUCACCUCUGCAUUUGCUUCACUCUGAUGAAAAUAGAGCAAAAUUCACUUAAGUCAGUCUGUAUAACUAAAUUACAUCAAUAUAGAACAAGCAGCAGCGUGGGUCACUCAAACAAAGACUAAGAUUCAAUCAAAAGCAUUCUGACAAUAUCUUGAUUUAGGAAUUCACCAACAAUAAUAUUGGUGCUAAGUAGUCAUCCAGAAGAACUAUGGUUAGGGCUAAAUAACCAAAGUUAAACAGGGAGAAGUUUCAUGCUACAUUGUAUGAUAGUCAUGGUGCUGCCAUGCUUUGAAUGCUUUCCAAAACUGUUUGAUUACAGUUUGCACUUUGUACAAAGCUGGAUGGAAAAGUUUUACUUUAAAAUCCACAAUUCAACAACUGUCAGGAGUCAUUUUGAAUUCAGAAUUAUGAUAAUUUACAAAUUAGAAAAUGCCAGAAUGAGAAUGGAUUUUGAACAAGAUCUAGCUGUUCAUAUUCACUGCCAAACUCUUUAGCUUUAAUCUUGUUAACAAGAUAAAUGCUGAAUGUUAUUAAGGUACCACUGCACUCAAGAUUACAUUGCAGCCUUCCAAUAUGACUGAAUGCAUAAUUCCGGGCAAUUGUAAUUGAUGAAACAAAUGACUAAUGAAUUCCACCCCCCCCACACAAAGUAUUUUGGAACAAACUUUAAAACUUAUAUUUCAGUGCUGAUGAGUGAAUUAAAUGUUUAUAAAAAACAUUCCAAAAACAGCUCAAAAACAAGUGGAAUCAAUCUGCAUUUUCACUGUUUUAAAGAAUUACUGUAUUUCUCCUUCUGACUCUCCGUUCAGCUUUCCAAAUGAAACUUACAAGCAGCCUAGAGCUUUGUUUAUUCCUUUUGUUCAAUCCCUGUUUUUAUUUCUUUACUGUGUACAUGUAUAGAAUUAAAGGCAAUGCUGCAGGAAUUUCUGUCCAACCUAGGACAAUUGAAUCAUGUAUAAUUUGAUCGACAGUAAUUUUUAAACUUACAACAAGAUACUGUUUAAUUUGUAAGCACUUUAAGGGAUAAGAUUCCGCAUGUAUUUAAGGACCAAUGGAUAUUUUUCAUUUCUCAUAACUUGUUCUAUGUCCAAUUGUUAAUUAUAUACACUCCCUACCCAACUCAUAAAAAUAAAAGUUUUGUGUCAAGGAAUGU